GCGCGUGUAUUAGAGAAGAGAACCGAGUGAAGAAGAAAUGGCUGAAGUCGCACCAGCUCCCGCCGCCCCCGCGCCGGCCAAGGCCCCCAGAAAGAAAGCAGCAAGCAAGCCCAAGAAAUCGGGCCCCAGUGUUGGAGAACUGAUCGUCAAGGCCGUGUCCGCUUCCAAGGAGAGGAGCGGAGUGUCCCUCGCCGCCCUGAAGAAAGCUCUGGCGGCCGGCGGCUACGAUGUGGAGAAGAACAACUCCCGCGUCAAGCUGGCACUCAAGAGCCUGGUGAAGAAGGAGACCCUGUUGCAGACCAAAGGAACCGGCGCUUCUGGUUCUUUCAAGCUCAACAAAAAGCAAGCCGAGGCUGCGAAAAAGAAACCCGCUAAGAAAGCGGCUCCUAAGGCGAAAAAGCCGGCCGCCAAAAAACCCGCUGCCGCCAAGAAGCCUAAGAAGGCAGCGGCGAAGAAGCCCGCCGCCGCCGCCAAGAAGUCACCGAAGAAGGCGAAAAAGCCCGCUGCACCCAAGAAGGCGACCAAGAGCCCCAAAAAAGCUAAGAAGCCUGUAGCAGCCAAGAAGGCGACCAAGAGUCCCAAGAAAGCCAAGGCCGCCAAGCCCAAGGUGGCCAAACCCAAGACCACCAAAGCCAAGAAAGCGGCUCCCAAGAAGAAGUGA